GCUCUCAGCAAAAUACCAAUCAGAUUUGGUCUAAUAGUGGACCCGCCUGUGCCAUCCUGUUCAGAGGGAGCCUACCUGCCCAAGUUUCUGCCUCCAACCCCCGUCAGUGGGGCUCAGCUGUUGGCCUAUAUUAAUGAAACAUUGAAUAUUACCAUUAUGGCAGAGGCAACCAACACCAUGGUCUCAAAGCUUUUGUUCAGUGGACCACACAGCGUUGUGAAACAUGUUGUAUCACAUGGAGAAUUCAUCCUGACCUGGACACCAUCUGACAGUGAAGAUGAAGAAAACCAUCCCAUCUGCUUCGUAGUCCAGGCAGAGUUAAAUACGGCCAAGUAUCACUCUGAGCUACGCUGUGUGAUUGUGAGCAUUCAAAUUAGACCAAUCACCACUCCUCUGCCAACAACUGUUCUGCCUUCAACCACCCCAGAACAUACAACCACUCUUCUGUUCAUAAAUGAAACAGAAGAUCAGAAGAAGGUGCUAUAUGAGUCCACAGGAUCAGGUGACGACAGCAUGGGUGCUGGCAAAGUUGUUGGUAUUGUAUUUGGUGUUGGAGCCGUCGCAGCCAUUGUUGGCAUUGCCUUGUGGGCUUUAAAUCGAAGUUCUCCUGUGCUCUAAAAAAGUUGGAGGUUUGGAUGAAGAUGGGGAGAACAAACCUGUAGAAUCUGGAAAUCACUGGUCUUCUAGCUACUUUCAGUUGCUCGCUUCUUGCGUCCUAUUCCAAUUUCUACAAAUGUAAAUGUUAUAUAAUGCAGGUCUGCAUUUUACUGUCAAAGCCUCACAUAAAUGGUCAAUGAACUGUUUUGAGUCUUUGGCUCCAUCUGUUGGUGAAAUGAUGGCAUUAAUGUACAAGCUUGUUCAUUAAAGCUGCAGGCAGACUCCCCCAGAUGCAGGUGACUCUGUUUUAUCAGAGGAAAAUUUAAAUACUGGCAAAAGGAAAUAUCUACAGAGACAACAUGUGAAAGUAAAACGUCAUGCGUGAGAGCUAAAAACCUCAAAAAAUAUGAAAAUUUUCAACCAACAUGGUACAAAAUGUAGUGUUGUAAGAGGGCGGGUAUUUCUCACCACUGUGGUUUUUUCGUUAGUCGAUCUUCGCUGAGGACAUUUUUAUGUUGGACAUUCUAAACCAUAAUCCUAAUCCCAAAUUGGCUCACAGUUGUUAAAAAAAAUAAACAAUAAAAAAAUUAUUUUAUUUACGAUAGAAGAUACCAGCUCUUUUUCGACUCACCCUUAAUUGCUUGUUGCAAUUGGCAGCCCUCCCAGAGCCUGGAUCUGCUGGAGGUUUCUUCCUGUUAAAAACUUGUUUUUCUUUCCACUUUCACCAAGUGCUUGCUCAUAAGGGGUCAUCUGAUUGUUGGGGUUUCUCUGUAUUAUUGUAGGGUCUCUACCUUACACACCUUGAGGCACCUGUUCUUGUGAUGCUAUAUAAAUAAAAAUGAAUUGAACUGAACAGAAUACCAGAUCAUAUUAGAUGUUUGAAAUGAGGAAAUGAACCAUUUCACGUUAUCUUUAACAAGAUCUUUCUAUUCCCUGUGUGAACUUCUUUGUCAUUUUUUGGAUUUGUUAUCUGUAUCUCUUUAAAAAUACACAGAUAAUUUUGGAAUUAUUUAAUUCACUGACAUCAUUAAUUCGCCCUGACAAAUUGUCUAUCAUUAACUUUCUGGGCAGUCCAGACUCUUUACAAGUCAAGUCAUAUAUAUGCUCAAAAAAAUUAAAUGGAUACUUUGAA